GUCCUGGUGCUGCAGCCGGAUCUGUCUUGUUUGAAUAGACUGUUCAUCUGCCUUCAGUGUCACAGCAGACAUGAUCGUUUGGCUAUUUAUUUAUUGUACAUUUGAAGAUGCAGCUAGCAAACUGUGUUCUGUUGUUAAUACCGCCGAUGAUCGCUCGUGGGUUGUUUGUUCACAGUCCUUCUGGUCCUCUGGUUGCUCCUCUGGGAUCUUCAGUGGUUCUGCCCUGUUAUGUUGAUGAACUCUUAUCAAUGAGGGGGCUGGAGGUGGAAUGGAGAAGAGCAGACUUAGACACUCUGGUUCAUCUCUAUCAAGACGGUGAGAGUCGACCAGAGUCCCAGGAGCCGGAUUAUCAGGAUAGAGCUAAUUUCUUCACUGAUCAGAUUCAACACGGAAACUUCUCCCUCCGUCUGGACAACCUGAGACCUGAAGAUGAGGGACGCUACACAUGUAAAGUUUACAGUCAAAAUGAUUCUGGAGAGACUGUGAUUCAGAUAAAAGACGUUGAGCGUUUGCUGGUGUCAGGAUCGAGUCGCUCCAUAUCUGCGUCUGUGGGUGAAGACGUGACUCUGAACUGCUCUGUAGACUCUCACAUCACACCUGAACACAUCGAAGAGGUUUCAUGGAAAAAAACAGAUGCAGAUGAAGAUAUUCUAGUUCUUCUCUACCAAAACAAUAAGAUUUUACCAGAUUCAUCACAUGAGCGAUACAGAGACAGAGCUGAGUUCUUCACUGCUGAAAUCUCCAAAGGAAACUUCUCUCUCAGACUGAAGAGUGUCAGAACUGAAGAUAAAGGGGUUUAUAUGUGUCAGGUGUUCGCUGGAGGACUUUCAGCCAAUGCAACUGUGAAACUGGAACUGGGUUUCUCUAUAUUACACACAAUAAUGGCGAUUCUCUGCAUUACUGCAUCUGGAUCUGCACUUCUGCUCUUCUUUUUGAUCUACUGUACAUCGCAUAAUAAUGACACGGUUUUUCGUCUUCAGAUGUUUCUAGUUUUCGGUCCAAAUAUUUUACUUUUUCUUGCUUUUGUCCUCUGGGGUGUUUCUGAGGGGUCUCUGUUUGAGUGGUUCUCUUGUUCUGCUCUUUAUUUUCUGAGGCCUCUCAUGUUGCUCUGGGCAGCGCCGUAUGUGAAUGAUUUCACAGGCAACAAUAAAACAUGGAUUGUAAAAUAUAGUUUUAGAGUGGAAUACAUUAUUUUCUCAGCUGUGUUUUAUUCAGUUCUCUUUAAAAGUGCCUGGCAGAAAAGUCUAAGCUAUACUGGAUUUGAGAGUAUCGUGAUACCAGUCCUCUUUGUGAUAGUGAUUUUGCUAAACCUCUUCUAUAUUAUUUACUUGUUGGCUAGAUUCAUUAACAAAUUAAGUGAACGCACGCUUACUAGAUUUGGUGUUCUGGUUGGUACAAGCUUUAAUAUUGUACCUGCAUUUCAAUUCAUCCUCCUGUUCUUCACCUUUGGGUCUGGCAGAGGAGGACUUCUUAUUGUUGCAAGUUUACCAGUUUUACUAGCAGCGAUGAGAUAUGAUUGGGAUCGUACGUGUGGAAAUAAGAUGGGUUGUUCAGCUUUGCUCAUGAGAAUAGUGUGGUUAAUUCUCUUGUUAGUGGUCAAUGCUGCAAUCGUCUUUUUUUACAUUAUAACUCUGGAAAAUGAAAAAGAUAGUAUUGGAUGGGCCUGUACGAUUGGUUUCCUGCAAGCACUCUGGGCAGUGAUCAACUUCACACGCUCGUUUGAUUUCGAAUUGCUCCGUGCUGUUCCUGUCUAUGUGUUUGGAUCAGUUAUAGCUGUGAUACUGAACUCUGCUACACUGACGACUGAACUCGUACUGAAAGCAGUUAAUGGUGAUCGCGUAUUUGGAGACCUGAGAAUCAUCACCUUUUCUACCGAAAGCAUCUUUGCCUUGUCUCUGCUGAGUCUACAAGUAUUUGAACCCUGGAUGAGAACAUAUCUGCAGUCACAUCGGCAGGAUGCAGCAGGAUCUGACGGGCCUCCAGCCAGUGAAUCAAACCAGACGCGCACCGCGAGAGAAUCAUUCGAAAUUAAUCCUUUACUGAAUGGAUGUCAGGAUGCUGCUAGGAGAAACAGACGGCACUCGGUCUGAUUCAGGGCUAUCACAACGAGAGAAAAACACUCUCUAUCACACCGACAGUCACUUGAGACUAAAAUUCAGUUGUUUUUUUAAAAAAGGUUUUCAAAAUAGCAAAAUUGUACUUUUUUUUUACUAUUUAUAUGUACUUUUACAUUGCAACUAAGAUGAGUUUCUAUUGUGAGCUUUGUAUAUUAUUUAUAUUCUGACACAUUUCUAUCCAAUCAUGAUCCCAGUUUGAUUUCUUGCUUUCUCUUAUAUUCCCGUCGCCUUUCAUCUUUGUCCGUUCGCUCUAAAAACAGCUGCUUUGCUUGUCUUUACCUCUCCCAGCCUCUUUGUCCCACGCAUUGGUCGCAUGACGUCAAAUAAGCUCAUUUUCAUCCUCUAGUUCAAUUAGUAAUUUAGCGCUUCUGUUAUUUUGAACAGACUUCAGUUUCCCAAUUUCUCAACUGCAAAUGUAUUUAUUCUGAAAAACAGGGCGGUGCGCAUGUGCUGAACCUGAAAAAACUGAGCUCCUUUUUAUGCUCUACACAUAAAGUUCAAUUAAAAUAAGUGUGAAUAUUUAUUUUCACUAUUCUGUUUAAUUUUAUGAACUACUUUGCAUUAUUUGGUUACACGUUUAUGCGCGACAUUGAGAAGAGGGGAGGGUAAAGCAAUGAGUCAAGUAUUUUUUUCCUUAUUUUGAAAUAUGAUUAAAACUGUUGCGUCCAGCACAAUUCCACUCAAAUAUAGAUUAUAAUAAAAUACAGCAUAUCCAACAUAUAUCCACAUACCUGGCAAAAACCUGAUUCGGGAAUGCUGUGUCUCAUGGUAUUGUUUAAAUGUUUGUUUGUUUUUUCAUUUGUACAUUUCUCAGUUUUAUGUGAGAGAAAGUUCUUAGACUGAAUCAAUGCACUUCUUGUCAAGAAAAAAAAAAUUAUAAUAUUUUAAUAUAUUUUUAACGAAUUAAACUGAAAAUGUAUCACGAUUAAUGUUGCACAGCACUACAAUACAUUAUUAUUAUUUUUAUUAUUUUAGAAAUACAUGCUAUUGCCUUUAAAAUAAACGGAAUAAGCACAAAAAUACCUGGAUUU